AUGGACAGGAUCGCAUACAAGGCUCUGGUUGGCGCACUAUGGUCGCUGGAAAUGGUGGAUCAGAUCUUCAUUGCGUAUUCCUUGUACUACUACAUGGUCUCAAACUACACGAAUCCUGCAGUGCUGACUACAGGUCGCAUAAUUUGGUCUCUCAUUCUUCAAAUCGUCAUGGGGUGUCUCGUUGGGACUAUUGUCAAAUGGCAAGUUCUUUUUCGCGCGAUAGUUUUAUAUAUUCUUACCGAUGCCAUAAAGUUGCUUCGCCAUGCGUGUGUGGAGAUUAAACACAAUCACUAUAUCACUGGUGGGAUUAUCCUCAUGAUUCUCGCCCAAUUCGGACUUGCCAUUCUUUACUGCAUACGGGCCUUCCAACUGCGAACCUUGCUCGAUGUACAUACUCUUAGAACAGUCGCGAGUUUGGCACUUGGUGCUGGUCUCCUAACAGACUUUGUGAUAGCAGCUGCUUUGUGUUUUUGCCUCCAGAAAAUGCGAACGGGGAUACGCAAGGCCGAUACACUUGUAAACACGCUCAGUCUUUACGCUGUCAAUACAGGAGCACUAACGGGUGCCAUCAGUUUGGUGACCCUCGUUUUGUACAACAUCUCACCUGACACCUUUUGGUUUAUGGCCUCAUAUUUUACCCUUGGAAAUUUAUACGCGAUUUGUUUUAUGGCUGCCUUGAAUACUCGAAAGGUACUGAGAGGAAAGGGAACCGACCAGGAAGGAAAUACCAGCAAUACCAGCAACAUGCAGAACACGUUUUUCAUGGUCACAAACGGUGGCCGCAUACCGCGUCCGUUGGAGUACAGCUCGUCUCAAACGAAGAGUAUGGAAAUUGAUAUACAUCAGGAAGUGUCAGUGAGAAUGGAUAUAGAAAAUGCCCGCCAGGAUAACUCUUUCCAUUUAGGCUUUCAGAAGUAG